ACUCCUUCCUCAGCAUCCUCUCGCAUCUUCGUUGAGAUUUACGAAUCUCAGCCUAAGGCUAGAUCCAAGCCAGCAGCUAGCCGCGACCCGGCGGUUUGACAGCCCGCAAUCAUGAUGAAUAUAUUCCGGCUUGCGGGUGACAUGACGCACCUCAUGAGUAUAGUGGUGCUGCUUCUGAAAAUAGUGACGAUGAAAUCUUGUGCUGGAAUCUCGCUGAAGACACAGGAGCUGUACGUCAUUAUAUUCGUGACUAGAUACCUGGAUCUCCUAUACUCCUUCAUCUCCGUUUACAACACAAUGAUGAAGCUCAUCUUUCUUUCGAGCACCGUCGCGAUCGUCUACUACAUGCGUUACGACAAAGUGGUGCGGCAGAAAUAUGACAAGGAUCAUGAUACCUUCCGUCACAUCUUCCUUGUCAUCCCGUGUUUCGUGCUCGCAUUGCUCGUCAACAAGAAAUUCACCAUCACAGAGGUUCUUUGGGCCUUCUCAAUAUAUCUGGAAGCGGUCGCCAUUCUUCCGCAGCUUGUGCUUCUUCAAAGGACAAAGAAUAUCGACAAUCUAACAGGAAACUACGUCUUUUUUCUCGGUGCAUAUCGUUCCCUUUACAUCCUGAACUGGAUAUACCGCUACAUGACGGAGAAGCACUACCGCCAAUGGAUUGUCUGGAUUUCGGGACUCGUCCAAACAGCUCUCUACGCUGACUUUUUCUAUUACUACAUCAUCAGCUGGAAGAGCAAUCAACGUCUGAGUCUUCCAGCCUAAACUACUUCCCUCAUGCAUGGCUCCAGUUGAGCACGUCUUUCAGACCUGAUCUUGUGUGAAGAUGAGUUUCAUAUCAUACUGCUGAGCAGUGAAUGGUAUCUGGCCAUCGAGUUCUAACUUAGCUUUCCUAUUAUAGCUUUCUGUGCUUGCUUGUCCCAUUGUUAUACCGUGACACCCUAAGAGCAGUGCUCUGCUCUUUUUUAUGAAUCUUGAAUGGUGACAAUUGCCAUACCU